AUGUCGUUGUCACAGGAAGCGGCAACUCGCUUGCCGGGCGGCGUUAAGCGGCAAGCACAGCUCUGUUUGAGCCAACUCUCCAUGGAGAAGCUUUACGAGGGUGACUGGCUCGCACUCAUAACACCCCCCGACAUGAAGCAGUCACAGGCCGCAGCCAAGCACCGCUUUUUCGUUUUGAGGGGAAGCGAUGUCGACACGAAACUCCUGAAAGAAGGGGGCAACUUGGCCAACCUUCGUGUCGAGAAGGUGCGAGGAGAAAGAUUUACUCUGCGCCUGGAGUGCAUCGGCCUCCCCGGCCAGACCUUCGAAGAGACCGAAUACCCGGACAUCGUCGCCCGGGUGUACGACUGGGCCAUCGCGCCAAAGCUGCUCGAUGUCUCAGUUUCCGAAGAAGAGACUACUCCGACAGCUGCACAGAAGCAGCGACUUGGGAGAAUGGGCCCGAGAAAUGUCGGGGACGGCGAGGGGCUCGCAAUCCGCGGGCCCGCGCCCUUUAAUGCCCGCCGCUUCCUUCGACCCGGCAAGUGCGGGCCACGCUACUCGGACCAGCCGUGA